GCGAGGCCAGCACUCCCUGGAGCUCUCAUUGCCUGCCUUAUAAAGUCAGCCCAGGAAGUUUCUCCAAGGGGACAAACAACUUGAGUUUUGUCCCUCAUCCGAACACUUCUCCUGGUAGCCACAUAACUGCUGCUGUUGCUGAAGGAAGAGGAAGAAGGAGAGGAAGGAGGGGCUUGACUUUUCUGGCCUUGGUACCAGAGCUGGGAAACAUGCAGGUUUCUCUGGGAACUGUGCUCCCUGCCCUUUGGGAAAGAUCUUCCCUGCAGACCCUGUUUCUCUUCUCUGCCAUCUUCCUGAUCCUGGCACAGUAUCUUCAGAGGAGGAGGCAGCAUCUCAAUUACCCCCCUGGCCCUCCUGGGUUGCCCAUAUUGGGCAACUUCUUCCAGAUGGACCGUAGUAAACCGCACAUUUCCAUGCAAAAGCUUGCCAAGAAAUAUGGAAAUGUUUUCUGCAUGCAUCUGGGAAAUCUUACCUUUAUGAUGGUUACGGGAUUACCACUGAUCAAGGAGGUCCUAGUUAACCAAGGCCAUGUGUUUAUUGAUCGUCCCAAAGUUCCUGUCCACUUCCAUGUCGUUAAAUCAUUUGGCUUAAUAAUGUCUAAUGGCCAAGCAUGGAAACAGCAAAGAAGAUUUGCCUUGAUGACCCUAAGGAACUUUGGUUUUGGAAAGAAGACCCUGGAAGACCGGAUCCGGGAGGAGGCCAGGUAUCUCACUGAGGCUAUCAGGGAGGAAAAAGGACAGCCGUUUGACCCCCACUUUCAGAUCAACAAUGCUGUUUCCAAUAUCAUCUGCUCCAUAACUUUUGGGUAUCGCUUUGAAUACCAUGAUUCUCAGUUUUGGGAGCUGCUGAAGAGUUUGGAUGAUAUCUUGGUGCUUGAAACCAAGUGGCAGUGUCAGCUCUUCAAUAUCUUUCCUUGGGUAAUGAAAUUCCUGCCAGGAUCUCACCAGAAGCUCUUUAGAGAAUGGAAGAAGGUAGAAUCCUUUGUAGAAUGUGUCAUCAAACAACACAAGAAAGAUCUGAACCCAGAGGAGACCCUGGACUUCAUUGAUGCUUACCUGAAGGAGCUGUCCAAGGAUGAUAUCCAUUCUAGUUUUGAAGAAAAAAAUUUAGUCUUAUGCACCCUGGACCUCUUCUUUGCUGGAACAGAAACAACGUCAGCCACUCUGAGGUGGGCACUGCUGUAUAUGGCCCUUUAUCCGGAGAUCCAAGGUAAAAUACAAGCUGAGAUUGACCAGGUGAUUGGCCAAUCAAGGCAGCCCACCAUGGCUGAUAAGGAGAAUAUGCCCUACACUAAUGCAGCCAUUCAUGAGGUUCAGAGAAUGGGUAAUAUUGUUCCUUUCAAUGUGCCCAGGGUGGCCACAGUUGAUACCACAGUGGGUGGAUACCACGUGCCAAAGGGUACCAUAGUGAUGACCAACUUGACUGCCUUGCACCGUGACCCCAAAGAGUGGGCUACCCCAGAAACUUUCAACCCAGAACAUUUUUUGGAGAAUGGACAAUUUAAGAAGAGAGAGGACUUUCUUCCUUUCUCAACAGGGAAGAGGGUCUGCCUGGGAGAACAGCUGGCUCGGACUGAGCUCUUCCUUUUCUUCACUUGCCUGCUUCAGAAAUUCACAUUCCAGGCUCCCCCAAACACCCAGCUGAGCUCAGAAUCCGAAAUUCGAGCAACCAGCGCUCCUGUCUCUUACAAAAUCUGUGCCCUUCCUCGAGGGAUGUAGGCCAGGCUAGGCCUGUAGGGUGGUCUUCUGAGGGGGGAGGGGAAGGACUUUGACCCAUCCUCAUCCUCCAAGGGGUCACCUACUUCACCCUUUGGUGUUUAGGUGUGGAAAGGGAGAGAAGUCAAGUGGGAGAGAAAAGGAGAAAGAGGCAAAGGGAGGUUAUUUGUCACCCAAUUUAAACCUUCUCACUCAGAAAAAGGAUGGGUAUUAAUCCCACCAAAAGGAAAGCACAAAAGAGUCCUUACUGGACUUAGAUUCCAAGAAUCUGGGCUCAAAUCCCAACCCUGCCACUUACAAGCUGUAUAACAUUGGGCAUGUGAAACCUCUGCCUCAUUAUCUCCAUCUAAAAUGAGGAGGAACAGGAUCUCUAAGGUCCCCUACAACUCCAAAUCUAAAACUUUUUGAUACUAUAAACACAGAACCAAUGCUUUUCCUCUCCUGCCUCAAACAGUGUGGCUAGAAAGGCUUUUUUGUUAGUUUGGUUACUUUUUGGUCUGCUGCUCUUGUAAUUCAUACACUGGGUGGGAUUUUGGGGGAAGGUUCAGAGAGUUUGUGUGAGUUAUAGGGGGCACCCACAGGCUGAUGAAGAUGAUCCUUAGAGAUCUUUAUAGAUUGUAAACUCCUAGUGGGCAGAGAAUGUUUUGUUUUUGUCUUUGGAUCUACAGCAUCCAGCUGAAUGUCCAGAAUGGAGAAGGAGCCCAAUAUAUUCUUGCUGAUUAUUGCAUCUCUAAAUCACUCACUUUCAUGUUGAUUACUCCCCUUGAUUUUCACAGUGUGACUUUCAUCAGCUGGUGACCUGGCUUCCUCAUUCCUAUUAAAAACCUUGUUAUAGAGGAUAAUUCAUAAUCAGUUCACUAUUAAUUACAGUGACAUGGGGCUAAGAAUGCCCUCAUUUUGAGAACUGCUGAUCUGUUAGGUUCCCUAUUCCUGUAAAGGUUCCCUGUACUUCUUAGAGAUGGUUUUAUAAGGUACAUUUUCAUGCUGAUGAUGGACAAUCUUGGAAUAGCCCAGCCAAUCAGAAAAUGCAAAUGCCAUGUGAAUCAAUGUGACCAAUGUUCCUCAUUUAUUGUUUAUGUUCUCCUUUCUAAUGUUCCUCAAUUAUACCUAUAAGAUACUCUGGGACUUCAUAAUAGGGUCCUUGUACCAAAUGAGGUUGCCAUAGGGUUAUUUUACUGGCAAAUUGCUAGCCAUUACUAAUAAAGUAAUCACAUUUGGAA